AUGGUUCGAUUGGUAAAUAGAUACAGGGGACAGGAGACCUAUAAAAUUCAGUCUUCUGACCCCCAACAUUUCAUGCAUCAAGAUAUCUCAAAAGAUGGACGAGAUGGGGGAAAAACAGCAAUCAUGGACCUAUAUGGACGAAUGAUUGAAGUAUACGAUAGGGUGAACAAUUGCUUCGUAUCGGCAUUCUCACUCAACGGAUGUGAAUCGCUAACGUUUGAUGUAGAAGAAUAUCGUAGAAGAAGCUGCCAUUUGCUCUCGCAUCUACCAAAUCAUGAGGAAAUGCAAGGGAUGAACAAUGUAGCAGGGUUGUGGAGUGAUCUCUUCCAAACUGAGAUUACACUACUGUCAAAUACACUACUUCUAGACAAAAAUAUCGCAAUCGCCAAUAAAAUGAAACAUCAUUUUCUAACACGGGAAAAAACGCCAAUAACACCCGCACAAUUGCUGAUGGCAUCACGACCUUUGAUGGAUAUACAGGCCUCGGCACUCGAACACACAAAUAACGCAGAUGGACCCAUAGAACGCUCUGUAAUAAGUGCACUCAACCAUAUAAUCACAUUCAAUGAGAGACUCGGAAAGGAAUGUAAUGAAGAUCGCAAUUAUUACGAUAAAUUGUGCGAGGAACUAUACCUUAUCAAGGAAUCGCAACUAAUGAGAAGAUCAGCAAUAGCCGCGAGAGAACGUACCAAGGUAAUGCCGUAUCUCAAACGGUUGUGCCAGUCAUUCGAUACCGAUAAAUGCACAAUGCAUCUAGCCAUGCUAUUCUUCGAUUUUUACUUGGACAGCAUACUGGAACGGGACAACAUUGACACAACACCUGACCAUGAACAAAUGGUACGUAUCGCAACGGCAGCAUACCUACUAGCAUGUGCACUAAGAGAACACUGGACUGACAUAUCCAGCGAUUCAUAUUUAGAUAGGGCAGCACAAAUGGCAACAGGGACAUUCACACCACAGGAUAUCAUGGCAACACAAUUGGAUAUUCUACAAACGAUGCCACGGGGGUUCACCUCUAUGUACACUGCCAUGGAAUAUGGGAUUUUCUACCUCGCAAAUGUAAAGGGUGCAUAUAAACCACAAAAAAUCACAGCAACAACACAAAAUAGUACCAGAAGCAGCCCUAGACAAACUCCAGGAAGCGGGGAUGAUUACAAUGGUAUCAAUAUAGGGGCACGUAUGCGUCGAAGAACGUCUCCAAAAGACGACUCAGAUACUACAAUGCCGCCACAAAGCUCAGAAGAAAAUAGCUUCGAAUCAAAAUUGGUAUCAAGGGCACCCAAUGGCUACCAGGGUAUUACACAGAUGAGGAGACAACCUACUGCGUCAUUCGACAGCAAUUUGUUGGGACAUACGGAGUCACUGCAAGAUGGAGAUGGAGAAAGAGUACUUUGCGAUUACCUACUUCUGGAAAUGGCGUUUAGGUACAUGGUGGAGAAUGGUGGAUUCGCAUUUGUUUACCACUGUCUACUCAGAUGGGACGAUCUAUAUAUGUCGCGCAACUGGAACAUUUUUAUACCGCCAAGCCGUGUAGCCGCAGUACUGAUAUUUCACUUCUUUGUAGAAUUUUGUGGAGUCGACCAUCGCAAGGAUCUGGUAUGGUGUCGCAGGUUCUGCUAUCGAGUGUUCCGUAUGCUAUACGAUUGCGAUGUUGCAUUGUGGUACCAAAUGUUCCGUGAAAAUAUACGAAAAUGGCUAAGCACAGUGGCACAGUCGUCAGCACGGUUAAGCGAAAUGGCGUUACUACUGGAUCUCUCAGGACAUAAGUUCAGAGCAGCGGAAACUUGCUUGCUCACAUUCUGGUCAAAACUCCUAUUCGAUUACACAGAACAGGGAUGCGAACUCGAAGGACUGGAACAUAUAAAACUCAAAGUGGCAUUGAAAGAGGUAUACCAGUUGGUGUCACGUGAAUGA